UAAUGUUCGUGAAGUUUUUAUAGAGCGGAUUGCUAAGUAAUUAAAAAUUAAGCUUGGGAAACUGAUUUGAAGUUUCUUGAAUGGGGGCUCAAGAGAAACAUGCGAAUGACAGGCGGAUAUCGGACCUCAGGUCAGUUUUACUUCGAAGGGUGUCCGAUCCUCCUUAAGAUACAAAAAUGAAAUACUAACAAACAUAAAUGUAUGAGGGCGUCCCACUGCCCACGCCACUGUUAAGUAGUAACGCCAAUCAAUAGUCCAGAACCGCAGAUGAAGCCCUGACUUUAGUCAAUGGCACAUCUGGACCGCAGCUGCUCUGCCUCUCCCCAUCCUCCGUGCGCUCUGCCAAUCAACGCGUGCCGUCUGCCCGAGCCAGCUGGUGAGGCGAGUCGUGUCAGGCACGUGCGUUCAAACUUUCCACUCCGCUGGGCGCUGGGUGAAAUGGAGCGGCUCGCGAGUGUAAGCCACGCACGCUUCCUCUGAAAUGUUGCCGCUUUACUGUACUUCAGUUUCGGUAAAGGUGGAAGCCGGCAAGUGAUCGCUCUCUGAUCGCUGCAGAGCACCAACUUUAUCAAGCCUGUAAAAACCCGCUUUCCCUCCCCAGAGCAGCCAUUGACAAUUCAAUCUGCCGCUCAGCUUGCAGAAACUGCGGGUCCCCUUGGUCCGAAUAAGGCUGGCUGGCUGUUACUGCUCCUGCCUGCGAAGCAUGGAUGACAAGCCUCUGGAUGACAACGCUGCCGGCACCGAGCAGGAGUCUCUGUCCUACCAGAAGAGAAUCUGGAAAAACCUGCCUUUCUUGAGCCCGAAAUUUGGCACUGAUCGCCGCAGUGCGGAGCCCAAGAAAGAGGCAGGCAAAUGGACCUUUAAGACUAAAAGGAAUAAAGUGCUCGAUCGCGUCUUCUCGUCCUCUCAGCCUAAUUUGUGCUGCUCGGUGUCGGAGCCGCUGGACAACGAACACUUCUUCUGCAGUAAAGGAGAGGAGCCCGAGGCGCUCGGGCAAACCGUAAAGCUCUCCGGAUCGCCGGGGCUGGACGUCGGCAGCAAAGCUAAAAUGCAGAAACACGGCAGCCCCAGCAAGCCCGUCGUGUCUCACUUAGUGCUGUCCCACCAGAAAAGCUCAUCCUUGGGAUCCGCUUCUUUCGAGAGACUGGUGGAGCCCGCCGAUCAUGGUAGCCUGCGGAAGAACGCUAGCGAUUCUGGUAUAAAUAAAGUUGGUCCAAGUAAUGCAGAAACUUCAACAUCUAAUCCAGGAAUGUUCCAGCUGGACAUUGUAUUGAAGAAAGGCCACAACUUAGCCAUACGAGAUAGAGGAGGGACAAGUGACCCCUACGUUAAGUUUAAGAUAGCUGGAAAGGAAGUUUUUAGAAGUAGGAUAAUACACAAGAACCUCAAUCCUGUAUGGGACGAGAAAGUUAGCCUUCUAAUUGAAAACCUCAAGGAGCCUCUCUAUGUGAAGGUUUAUGAUUAUGACUUUGGACUGCAAGAUGAUUUUAUGGGAUCAGCAUACCUGCGACUUGAGUCUUUGGAGCAGAAAAGGCCCAUGGAGGUGACGUUAACUCUGAAGGAUGUCCGUUACCCAGCACACAAUCUGGGCUCUCUGCUAUUGUCUGUCUCUAUAUACCCUAAAGAGGGCAUCACUAGAGAAGCUACUAUGCAUUUGAGAAGGAGUUGGAAAAGAUCAAGUAAGCACCAGUGCCAGAGCUUGCGAUUAUCAGAGGUGCACAGAAAAUCCCAGCUGUGGAGGGGAAUUGUUAGCAUCAGCCUCAUAGAAGGUCGCAAUCUGAAGCCUAUGGAUAACAAUGGCUUUAGUGAUCCUUAUGUUAAAUUUAGACUUGGACAUCAAAAAUACAGAAGCAAGACAAUGCCUAAAACUUUGAACCCCCAGUGGAGAGAGCAGUUUGAUUUCCAUUUGUAUGAUGAAGAAGGGGGUGUGAUUGAUAUCACUGUGUGGGAUAAGGAUGCUGGAAAGAGGGAUGACUUUAUGGGCAGGUGUCAAAUUGACCUUUCCAGCUUGACUAAAGAACACACACACAAACUGGAAUUAAACCUUGAGGGGGGCGAAGGAACACUGGUCAUGCUGGUCACCUUAACUGCCUCUACUGCUGUUAGUAUCUCUGACAUGUCUGUUAACAUCCUUGAUGACCCCAAAGAACGCCAGGCAAUUGUCACGAGAUAUAGCUUCAGGAAGUCUUUUCACAAUCUUAAGGAUGUGGGAGUAAUCCAGGUGAAAAUAAUCCGUGCUGAAGGUUUAAUGGUGGCUGAUGUCACAGGCAAAAGUGACCCAUUCUGCGUUGUUGAGUUAGGCAAUGACAGACUGCAGACGCACACUGUCUACAAGAAUCUAAACCCGGAGUGGAACAAGGUUUUUACUUUCAAUGUUAAAGAUAUCCACAGUGUCCUCGAGGUGACGGUUUAUGAUGAAGACAGAGAUCGGAGUGCAGACUUUUUGGGCAAGGUUGCCAUCCCUCUGCUCUCGAUUCAAAAUGGUGAGCAGAAAGCCUACGUCUUGAAAAACAAGCCGCUGACAGGGCCAACAAAGGGGGUCAUCUAUCUCGAAAUAGAUGUGAUUUUUAACGCUGUGAAGGCUGGCAUUAGAACAUUAACUCCCGUUGAGCAGAAGUAUAUAGAGGAGGAACCAAGGGUUUCCAAGCAGCUGCUGCUGAGGAAUUUCAAUCGUGUAAAACGCUGUAUCAUGGCUCUUAUCAACGCUGGAUACUACAUUAACAGCUGUUUAGAAUGGGAAUCACCACAGAGGAGUCUGGCGGCCUUUGUGCUCUUUCUUCUUGUGGUUUGGAAUUUCGAGUUCUACAUGAUUCCACUGGCAUUACUGCUGACCUUGGCCUGGAACUACAUUCUCAUUAUAUCAGGAAAGGACACUAGAACUGAUAUGCAGCAGGCAGUGGAGGACAUGUUAGAGGACGAAGAAGAAGAAUACGACAAAGAUGACAAGGAUUCAGAGAGAAAAGGAUUCAUGAAUAAACUUUUUGCCAUACAGGAGGUCUGCAUCAGCGUACAGAAUGCCUUGGAUGAGGUUGCCUCUUAUGCCGAAAGGAUAAAAAAUACCUUUAACUGGACAGUGCCUUUCCUGAGUUGGCUCGCCAUUGUUGCACUUUGUGUCGCCACAGUUAUUCUCUACUUCAUUCCCUUAAGAUAUAUUGUGCUCAUCUGGGGUGUUAAUAAAUUCACAAAGAAACUUCGUGACCCAUAUACAAUUGACAACAACGAGCUGCUGGACUUCCUCUCUCGAGUUCCUUCAGAUGUACAAGUGGUGCAGCACCAAGAACUGAAAUCCGAUUCCAGUCACAGUCCAAAUAAAAGAAAGAAAAACAACCCAGGGUAGCCAGCAUUCUCAAAAGGCUUCAGCUCUUCACGACUCUCUUUAACUAUGAAAGGACGGGCCUUAACCAGCACACCACCUUUGUUAUUUUACUUUUUUCCUGUACUUGCUAUUUAUUAUUUUUUUGUAUAUAAUGUACAGAUUGAAAAGAUGCAAAUAUAAAUAUAGUUAUGUAUAAUUUACAUUGUACAAUGCACUUUUAAUUUUACCUAGAUUGAGGUAGAGGUGUCUGAUUUUGGUUGCUUAGCAUAAGAGGUUAUGAGUGUCUGUUUCUGUAAUUCAGCCUUGCAUACAUGUUGAAAGGAGUACAGCAACAACCAAAAAGUAAAGAUUCCAAAAAAUAGCCAAUCAGAAAUGAGAAAUAUUUUCUGAAAGACUAAAUUAUCUGUCACUAUUAUUUACAAUGCAGAAUGUGUUAUAAGAACAUAAGGAAUGUUUGGAUGUGAACAGGCCAUUAAGUACAAUAUACCCAAUCAGUUAUGAGGACAAAUGUCCCCUUUUGAAUGUUCAACAGGGGUAUUUGAGAACAUUCACAACACCCUUAGUGGCACGACUAUUUACAAGUCAAAUUAAAACAUUUUACACAAACAAGCCACCUAAGGACAGCAAAGAACAGAGACACUGACCACAGAAACACUCCUUCAUAGUUUUGCAUAAGAAGCAAUAAAAAGUGUAUCAUCGUAACUGUUGGCACUGCCAUAUUAGUGUUACUGCCAUUUAGGCAGAUGACUAACGAAAUGAAACAAUGUGAGCAAUGAGGGUACACAUCUCUCACAACACAAGGGCUGCUGGGACUGCUGAACAUUUGCCUAAUAUGCAAUGUGGAGAUAUGAAGACAAAAUGUAUAGUAGUAAAGAAUAAAACUUUUUAUUUUCCUGUCAGCUUACAAUCUCACAUAAAAACAACUGAAGGAAGCCCAAGGAAGAGCACAAUGUUUUCGCAAAGUCUGGGGCACCUUCUGUCUUACAGUAGGUAUAAACAACUAGGUGUCUUUAGUUCAGCAUAUCUCCAUUAUUUAUAGUAUUUAGUACAUAUACUAGUUUAGCAAUAACACAUUUUCAAGAAACCUAUGACUAACAUUUGUCUUCCUUUUCUUUAUUGUUAUCCAUCCCAUUCCCUCUUUAAGCUCAUAUCACGAAGCUUUAGGCACAUUUUGAAGCAAAAUAACUUCUUUUUUUAAAUGUAAUGUGCCUUCUUUUUUUUCUUAGCGGUUAACCUCAGUGGCAUCUCUGCAUUAAGUGCAGGUUGGGCACUGCCCACCCCCCAUCCCUCAGUAGAUGGCGUACGUUUAUCAGAAAUGAAGUAAUUUGGAUACUCCAUUUAACAACUUAUAUAUUGUUAAAAUGUUUAAAGCAAAUGUAACUUAGAUUGUCUUAAUACAAUUUCUUAUUUAGAAAAAUAUUUCUUUUUGGAGUACUGUAUGUGAAACUUUUCAUUGUGCCUGGGCACCUUCAGCCUAUUUCUGGGUUUCUCAGACGGGCCUUUGACCCAGCAGUGCCCUAGGCAGACCUUUGUUGUGUAUGCAUGUGAAGCUUACCGCCCCUUUAAAUGACUGAAUGAUUUUUUUGGUGUAAUUUUAAGCGUGUGUAAAUUUGCACACCUCACUAUCUUGGAUUAAUCAUAAUCAUUGUAAUCACUUGCAUUUGUAUGUUUAAUACAAUUUAGCAUUAAACAAAAAUAAUGUAUGAAUAUUCAUCUGCUUUUGGUGUUUAGUUUUGAAACUGAAGCAGAGAUAUUUUUAACACUGUCCUAACACUGUGGUUUCAGUGUAAGACAAAAUAAUAUAUUGAUAAAUCUUCAUUAUGUGUUAUUUUUUAGUGGGAUUAUAUAGCGGACAUUUUAUCAUAACAGGUACUGGCACCCUAAUGUUUCACGGUGCCCUCCAUGUGGCUUCAACAGUCUUUUCUCAGCCACAGCCAAUCCUGCACAUUCACUCCACCAGCUCCACCUCACAACACUCAUGUAAGCUCAGAGAUAACACAAUCUGCACUAACUUUCCCUAACUCCAUGAGCAGAUCCAAGAAACUCACCAGUAGCCAUGUACCUAGGCUGAAGGAUUUAAACAGAGGAGUGGAUCUCCUAACUGCUACUCUUUAUGUGCUUGAUCAUCUCCUUUUCUCAUUCUUUAUCACUCACACACACCACCCUCAGUUUAGGCUCCUUGCUUCUCAGGAUAAAUUCUGACAGUCCGUGACAAGGACACCUUUAUAGAGUCUCCUUUCAUGGUCUUUGUGGGCCUAAUCACUUCCCAGAAUUUUCAUGCCAAAAACGCACACAUAUACAGUAUAUAAAGGUGUUACCAUAGACUUCGAUGUUGAAAGAAUUUGUUCCGUUUCACAUUCUUGACUAACACCAGAGCCUGAAGAGAUGCAAAAAAAAAAAAAAAAAAAAAGGUAAGACAGCAUUUAGGGCCCAUUUUCAUGCUAUUAUUUCUAAAAUCUCAAUUACAACAAAAGAGAAACAUGAUUGCUUUAAAUUGUACUGAAAUUAACAAGAGCAAAGCUGCACAUACCGUACUAGACAUUAAAAUAUAGCUCCCUUGUGGUCAGUUUAUACAAUGAAGACAACGAUGGAAGAGUAAUUGCUCAAUGAUUUAAAUCAAUUAGUAAACACUGCCAAUAGUUUGAUAGAAUUCUGAAGAGAAUGUUUAUUUGGAGUGCAUCAGAUGUACUGCCAGCAGAACACAAACACUCCAGCAUUGGACUCAAUAUUCAAUCGUUUAAAUCCAAAGUUGUGGACUUUAGUUAUAGAAGGAGGCAGUUGGUUUGUAAUAUCAAACAGUUGCCUUCAGCUUCAUACUUUUGCUGACUUCACUGACAAGAUGAUGACAUCUUUAACAAUCAUUUUAUUACCGAAGUCGGUCAUUUCUCAAUCAACAGUCCAGAAAUCUUCCAGUGUUUUUCAUACAAUGGCAUAUUAUGGGUGGCUUUGGACAUGUUGGUUGAAUAGGAAUUGGGUAAUGUUGGUCUGACUGGCCUGUUCUCAUCCAAUCUUUUAUACUCUUACAAUGUGGAUGUGGUCCAAACUACACCCAGUGGGUACUUAUUGCAUGUAUUACUUUGAUUGUGCUGCCACAGUCAUCAUAACAGGAUGUUAAGGCUCUGGUUACUUGACCUAAAUGCAUCCGAAUAGUGCCAAGCUCAACCAUAAAGGGGUAGGUGAGACAUUUUGUUCUUUAAGCAGCUCUGCCUUAACUGAACCAAGACCGAUCAUCCAAGACCGAGUCCAAAGACAGCUGGAGAAAUUUGACUUUUCCUACUGUAUGUGUUACAAAAUGAUAGGCAGAAUCUUAAAAGCUGAGAAACUCUUUUCCGAGUGCUCUGGAUACUCUGCCCUUCAAAUGCAAGACAGAAUCAGGAAAGACGACAAACAACAAACAAGAUUCUCUUGUCAACACAUCCAGGCUAAAUGAACUGGUUUGCACUGCCUUUUCCUCUUACACCUCUGAACUCAAGACCUGCCUUGAGAAUUCAAAUGUCUAAGCUUUGAACUGUUGCUAAAGAGCCUUUCGUCUUUUCUCUUGGCCGUGGCUUGAGCUCAGAUGAGAAGCUAUCUUUCUUAAGAGGCAAUGUUUUAAAAAUAAAAAUGUCAACACUAACUCUCCCACUGCAAUUUGCAGUUGUAGCUUUUCUCCCGAGUGGUGAUGUUGUGCUGGCUUUGUUGACAUUACUGAAAGAAGGUGAGAAUAGGCGUUAAAAUUGGAAAAAAAAGAAAAAAAAAAAAAAAAAAAGAA